AUGUCACCUGUGGAAUCUUCCGCUUGCUCCUCUACGCCCCCGUAUGCUUCCUUUUCAACUGUCUCCGCUCCCAGGGAUCGCGAGGCUCUCUUCAGCGCUGCCGGUCUCGGAACGGGACCGUUUUCCAGUCUUCAGACUCCAUUCUCAAAACAAGCGGAAGAGACGAAGAUUCCUACCGUCGACAGGGAAGAAACACUCCACUUUGUUCGACUGGCGCGAGACACACCAGAGGAAGACCCGGAGCGAGAGACAGGCGACACAUCCGUUCGCUUUUCAGCCGGUUCUGGAGAGAACGAGUUGACUCUGCGAGAAGAGAGAGAACGCAAGGCGGCGGAGGAGGCUGAGAUUAGACUCGGACUCCACGCGAAAGACAAGAAAAUGGGCGCCACCAAGCCGGCCAGUAGGAAGACAGAUAUUCGCAUUCGACGCCGCUUCAAAGAGAUCAUGAAAAUCAUGAAGAAGGCGGAUACGGCCAAAGGGCGGUUGAAGGACGAGUUCGAGAGAGAUGAACGCAUUCGCAAAGACCCCGAUCUCCUCACGCGGCAAGAAGAAGAACUGCGCACCCUUCGUCUCGUUGAUCCCCUGGUUCGCCCCGUCGAGCGAAGAAGAUACACCGUACAGUGGUGGCCUAACUUUGCUCGAGAAGCCCUCCCGCGGGUCUUGGCGUGUCUGCAUCAUAUCGACCUUCUUGUGGAAGUCCGAGAUGCGCGUCUUCCUCUGCUGACACAACUGCCUAUCCGGCCGCCUGCAGGGGGAGAGAAACCGCGUCUGAUUGUCCUCACGCAUGCGGACCGGGCUUCCGAAACAGGGAAUGCUCAGUGGGCCAGGUAUUUUCGUUUCCUGUAUCGCCUCCACGCCGCGGAGGCUCUCCACGUUGAGGAACGAAAUGCGGGUAAGCACGGUUUUGACGUUCAAGGACAUCCUUCGGACCCACGUGUCUCUUCUGGCGGCCUCCAGUUGGGACGGGCGAGGAGAAGCAGAGGAGACGACGAAGGAGAGAAAGACACCGGCCUCGGCGAAGCCGGCGAGACGUCAGACGCGCACGAACCAGAGGAAGAAGAGAUGCAAGCAGAGAGUGGGCGACCUCGCGAUGGCGACGAGGCAGUCGCCGAAGGCCCGCUGGCCCCGCCCGUUCCUCCUGCGACUCCAGUUCUGUUUGUGAAUGCCCAGCAAGGCGGUGCGUGCAUCGUUCGCGUUGAGAAGGCGGCGCGGAAAAUCGUGAAGCAGUGGAGACAGUAUCGCCGGGACGUCGAGGUGUAUCGACACCGCCUGAAGCGUCUCGCUGCACAUGCCAAAGAGAAGCCAGCUGCAGGGGACGCGCGACGCGAACGCAGAGAAGAGCUAGCCGAGUUCCCGCCGCGACCGCAAACUCAAGAGAGUGGGCCGACCGCCAGAGAGAGCGCGUCGGCGACUUCUUCAGCCUCCCUCACCCCGGGAAAUGCGCGGGCUCACAUGCGGACGAAACGCGCCCUGCGCCUGCUGGUUGUCGGGAUGCCCAACGUCGGCAAGAGUGCGUUGUGCAAUCGCCUUCUCGGGACCAAGAGAGCCCGAAGUUACAACUACCCCGGAGUCACCAAAGUGCUGACGUGGUACCGGCGACGCGGCGCGUUCUUCCAAACGAAUCUCCACCGGCUGUUUGACUGUGUCGAUACACCUGGCUUCCUCCCGCCGCCGUCCUCGUCGCUCCUGCGGCCGGGGCGCCGAGGGACAGUCAUCGCUUCCUCGGCUUCCGCGUCUCUGCGCCUGUCUCCAUCGACUGAGUCGCCGCGAGAGCCCGAGAAGAAAGAGCCUUCAGUUCGCAUGCGGCACUCUGCCUCUCGAACCGAGUUCUUCCUCAGGGACCAUCCCGUUUGGGAAGACGACGAGGCCGUUCGUCUCCUCGCGGCCUGCAACAAGCUGCCGCAGUCUUGUCUCUUCACCAUCGAAGAGGCGUCAGUGGCUCUGCUGAACCGCAUCUUUGCGGUCUGGGCCCAACGGCCAGCCUACGUGCCUCUCUUGCGCCUCAGCGAACGCUACGGCGUCGACCCUCUCGCGCGCGGAGUGCGGGGCGCCGAUUUGAAUGGAUGCGAAUUCCUGCACAGACUGGCGGCAGCGAAACACCACUAUUGUACGGGAGCAGCGUCCGAGCGAGUUCUCACAGACUUCGUGAAAGGCUAUUUGGGUCGGAUGACGCUGGAAGUGCCUCCGCCUCGCGAUGAGGUUCUUCGGAAGUUUCACGCGGCCCGAGCCGGACGGUCGCGUUCUCUCUCUCGUCUGGAGGAAGAGGAGCUCGAGGGGGAGCGACGAAGGGAAAUGGCUAGGGAAAGCAUCCGAAGAACGCGCAUGCGCGGCGCCCGAGAUCGGAAGAUACCGUCGGACUGGGAGUGUCUGAUCGCGAAGAAAGAGGAAGACUGCGUUUUGUGGAAGUGCGGAGAGGGUAACCCAGAGGAUCAGGAGGGUAUGGAGACAAAGAGAGCCGACGACGACGCGAAAGACGGUAGGGUUUUGAGUCAAAGGCGUCUUGCCUUCGCGGUCGCGGAAGACGGGAACCCGCAAGAGAGAACGGAAGAGGGAAGAUGCCGUGAACAGCCAGGAGGAGAUCAAGACCGACAAGAGGCCGUCGCAGGAAAACACGAAAGGACAGCGGAGGAGCUGGCGAGCGCAAGAGCCCUGGGGCCUGUGGAGACAAGGAGGGGGAAGAAGAGAGACAAAACCGGAGCCGAAACUUCCGCGAACAUUGCAAAGAAAACGCGAUCGAAGCAGAUCUCCCUUUUGCUACGGGACAAAGAGGUUUUGUGGACUGAUAGCGACGCGGGGAAACAAAAACGGAGACAGGAAAGGCAAGGUGAAAGAGCAAGCAAGGACGACGAAGCAACCGAGGGGUUCCGCAGCCUAGUGAAAGCGUUUUCAACGGGACGUGGGCCGUCGGUAAAUCCCUCAGGACGAAAACACGCUGCAGACUUGCUCGACGAGAGGCUGCGCACUCAGGUAGAAGACAAGGCUUGGGAAACCGGCGCUUUUGAAGGCUGGUGA